ACUAUGAUGGCUCUGGAUGGUAUACGCAUGCCGGACGGCUGCUACGCCGACGGCACCUGGGAGUUAAAUAUCCUUGUGACAGAUAUGAACCGGGAUGUGGCGCUGAGAGUCACCGGUGAAGUACACAUUGGAGGGGUGAUGCUGAAGCUGGUGGAGAAGCUCGAUGUAAAGAAAGAUUGGUCUGAUCACGCGUUAUGGUGGGAGAAGAAGAAAACAUGGCUCCUGAAGACUCACUGGACCCUCGACAAAUAUGGUAUCCAGGCUGACGCCAAGCUCCAGUUCACCCCACAGCACAAACUGCUCCGGUUGCAGCUGCCCAACAUGAAAUACGUGAAGGUGAAAGUGAAUUUCUCCGACCGAGUCUUCAAAGCCGUCUCUGACAUCUGCAAGACUUUCAAUAUCAGACAUCCAGAAGAACUUUCGCUGCUCCGGAAACCAAGAGAUCCAAAGAAAAAAAAGAAAAAGAUUGAGGACCAGAUGGAAGAGAACAUUCUGGAACUAGAUGGGCCCUUACUGACACCGGGGUCUGGAAGUAUAUACUCGAGCCCCGGGCUGUACAGCAAGACCAUGACUCCCACCUACGACUCCCGAGACGGCAGCCCCCUCUCCCCGACCUCGGCUUGGUUUGGUGACAGCGCCCUGUCUGAAGGAAAUCCCGGGAUAUUGGCAGUCAGUCAACCAAUCACCUCUCCCGAUGUUCUUGCCAAACUAUACAAGCCUCAGACCCUUCUUGACAAAGCCAAGAUAAACCAAGGGUGGUUGGACUCCUCUCGAUCACUCAUGGAACAAGAUGUGAAAGACAACGAAGCUUUGCUACUUCGAUUCAAAUACUACAGCUUUUUUGACUUGAAUCCCAAGUAUGACGCCAUCAGGAUCAAUCAGCUCUACGAACAAGCCAAAUGGUCCAUUCUCCUUGAAGAGAUCGAAUGCACAGAGGAGGAAAUGAUGAUGUUUGCAGCUCUGCAGUACCAUAUAAACAAACUCUCCAUGAUGGCUACAGAGAACCAUUACAAUAACAGCGAUAAGGAAGUCGAUGAGGUUGACGCAGCUCUCUCUGACCUGGAGAUCACUCUGGAAGGAGGAAAGACGUCCACCAUCUUGGGCGACAUAACCUCCAUACCGGAACUAACUGACAACUUAAAAAUAUUUAAACCAAAGAAACUGACUCUGAAGGGCUACAAGCAGUACUGGUGCACAUUUAAGGACACAUCGAUAUGUUGUUACAAGAGUAAAGAGGAAGCCAAUGGAAUGCCAGCUCACCAGAUGAACCUGAGGGGCUGCGAAGUGACCCCCGAUGUGAACAUUUCCGGCCAGAAGUUUAUCAUUAAGCUCCUCAUUCCAGUGGCUGAAGGAAUGAAUGAAAUCUGGCUGCGCUGUGACAAUGAGAAGCAAUAUGCUCACUGGAUGGCAGCCUGCAGAUUGGCCUCCAAGGGCAAGACCAUGGCAGACAGUUCUUACAACCUGGAAGUCCAGAACAUCUUGUCCUUCUUGAAGAUGCAGCACCUAAACCCGGACCCUCAGUUCAUUCCCGACCAGGUCAACUCUGACAUCAACCCGGAGUGUGUCGUCUCGCCCCGUUAUUUGAAGAAGUACAAGAACAAACAGCCAGGCUAUGUAAGAGACUUGAUCACAGCCCGAAUUCUGGAAGCUCAUCAGAAUGUCGCCCAGAUGAGUCUAAUAGAAGCAAAAAUGAGGUUUAUUCAAGCUUGGCAAUCCCUGCCUGAGUUUGGCAUCACCCAUUUCAUUGCCAGGUUUCAAGGGGGGAAAAAGGAGGAACUGAUUGGAAUUACCUAUAACCGGAUGAUCAGAAUGGAUGCCAACACCGGCGAUGCCAUUAAAACUUGGAGGUUCAGCAACAUGAAACAAUGGAACGUCAACUGGGAAAUAAAAAUGGUCACCGUAGAGUUUGCCGAUGAAAUGAGGCUCUCCUUCAUCUGCACGGAAGUAGACUGCAAAGUAGUUCACGAAUUUAUCGGCGGCUACAUCUUCCUGUCCACACGGGCCAAGGACCAGAACGAAAGCCUGGACGAAGAAAUGUUCUUUAAACUC